AUGGUUUGUUGGGUAAGAUCAUUGGUUCUUAAGAAGAAAAACAUCCACGGCUUCACUCCUCAUCUAAAUGGACUCGGCGAUCCUCUCCUAUUUACAACACAUGAGAUAAAAACCAUGGUAGAUACCUCAAGAGAGCCGUUAUCAAAUAUUGACACCAAUCGCCAGAACGCCAGUAAGAAAAAUGCCCGCUGCUUUCAAAUGGUCACCACCUCGUCGAGCAACGGAAAAGCUAGAGUGUGA